UUCUCCCGGGCAGGCUGCGGGGGCUCCAGGCAGGCAUGGUCGGCUAUGACCCCGGCUCCAGCUGCGUCUCCACGGCGGAAGCGGCUGCAGCAGGGUCAGCGUCUGGCUUCGUCACCCGGCUCCUUAUCAGUCCCUUGGAUGUCAUCAAGAUCCGGUUCCAGCUUCAGAUCGAGCAGCUGUCCUCCAAAAACCCAGGGGCGAAGUACCACAGCAUCCUGCAGGCUGCACGCCGCAUCUUCCGGGAAGAGGGCUUGGUCGCCUUCUGGAAGGGCCAUGUUCCUGCUCAGCUGCUUUCCGUUGGCUAUGGAGCUGUUCAGUUCAUGGUGUUCGAGAACAUGACGCGGCUGGCACACAACGUCACCUCCUACGGCGCCCGCGACUCCUUGGUGCACUUCACCUGCGGUGGGCUGUCUGCCUGCACAGCCACUGUGGCAGUGCAGCCUCUUGACACGCUACGCACCCGCUUAGCUGCUCAGGGUGAGCCUAAGAUCUACCAAAACCUUCGCCACGCAGUGGUCACGAUGUACCAGACAGAGGGACCUCGGACAUUCUAUAGAGGUUUGACCCCCACAAUCAUUGCUGUCUUCCCAAAUGCUGGUCUCCAGUUCUCCUUCUACAACAUCCUGCAACAGGUUUCUGAAUGGGUGAUUCCAGCUGAAGGAAAGAAAGGAGGCAACGUUAAAAACCUUGUUUGUGGCAGCUGUGCUGGAAUCAUCAGCAAAACCCUCACUUACCCCUUCGACUUGUUCAAGAAGCGACUGCAAGUGCGUGGCUUUGAGCAGGCCCGGGCAGCCUUUGGGCAGGUGCGGGUGUACAGCGGUCUCCUGGACUGCAUAAGGCAGAUCAUGCGAGAGGAGGGCCCGAGUGGAUUCUUUAAGGGCCUCUCACCCAGCUUGCUGAAGGCUGCUGUCUCUACUGGCCUUACCUUCUUCUGGUAUGAGCUGUUCUGCAGCCUCCUGUGCUCCCUGAAGACUGCCGAUAGCAUUGCAAGGAAGGAACGCUGAAAGGGUCAUGUCUGUGGCUACCUGAGGCCCUCCUAGAGGAGGGGAAACUGAUGGGCUUUGCUCUGUCAUGAGCACGUUGGGAAUGUCAGAGUUCCCAGAGCUCCAUCAGCCUGUAGGAAAUCACCUCCUGGGACCAAGCAGAAGGAGAAGGCAGCUGCAGUUCUGCUGAAGACACUGAACUGCUUUGCUGGAAGCUGUUCAACUGAGCACUUUUUUCCUCUGUUUCCUCUAAUAUCAGCACGCAUUUAGUGGAGAGAGGGGGGAACCAAAGCAGAAAACUACCUGCUGUAAAGAGGCACCUGCUGAAGCGGGUGUAUUCCUGUGCUUGCCCUGGAUCACAAAUUGGGAUCCUGGUGUAGCUGGUGCUGCUUAUCCAACCUAACACCACUUCCUAUGGCUACAUCCGCACAGCUGUGUUUCCUUGCUCUCUGGACUGCUGUUUGCACUGUGUUCUUUCCUUGGUGUAGCACAGGCAGCUCUGCUGCUGUUGUGAAGUCAACUCAAACCUUCUUAGUGUCACAGAACCUCAGUUUUCCUUUUCUUUGCUGCCAGCUGCUGCUUCUUGCUUACCACUUGAAUCAGCCACCUGAAACACAGCAUUUUCUGGUGGAUCACACCCAGACUUGCUCUUUUAACUCUGAUGAGCUUGAUUGUAUCCAAAGUGCCCAUUUCUCUUCUUGCACGUCUUACCACACAUCGCUUGGGGUUCUGCAUUGCCUCAGUCACACUUUUUCAGUUCAAUCUGCAGAUUAAGAACUCCUCUCUAAGGGAAUUCAACGCACAAGCCCUAUUCUUUAGGGUUCUUUGCUUCAAUGCAGUGAGUAACCAAAUGCUGUGUAGAGUUCUAGAAAUAUUUAAGUGGGAAUAAUGAAGGAAAAGUCCUGUGGAAACUAGUAAAUACCUAUUAUUAUUAUUAUUAUUAUUUAAUACCACCUUUGAAUGUUUCCAGCAAGUGUAUCUGCUGAAAACCUUUCUGAAUCUCACUCCUCCUGUGGUGCUAAUAGCUGAAAGUGUUUUGACAAGCUAAGCUGAAGUGAAAGGACUGAGCAUCAGAUGGAAAUUGCUUGGCUCAGAAUGGUGUUUGACAAGGAAAGGGUGAUGGAAUUAGAGCCUGGGAAGUGAUGUUCUGCAGUUUCAGAGGUUUUAGGGAUGCUUUGAAAACCCAACAAAACAACGACCCAGCAGCUCUGAUUUACGUAACAGGGAAAAGAGGGAAAUUGCUUUCUUCCUCCUCUUUCACUGUUUUUCCAGGCUGAGCAGGGUGUGGUUGGACCAGUUACAGAAUGCAGACUCUGAGGAAGAGCUGCUGUGAUACAAAAGCCUGUCAGUCAUCUGGUGAGAGGUGGAUGGGGCAGAGCACUGCUGUUAUUUAGAGGAUGGUUUGAUAGCUCUUCUCUUCAUGCAGAGCUUCCCAUGGCUCUUUUGCAGUAUCCAGGGUGUUAAUCCUAGAUGUUGGCCACAUUCCAACGUGACCAGUUCCAUUCUUCUGAUGCAACUUCUGGCAAUUUUGAGCAUAUCAGCAUUGCUCCCUUAUCCUGUGCUAUUGUGAGAGGCUGGUUCUGAAGAGCAGCUGUUUCACUGGUAUCUGAGGUAGCCAGAGAGAUUCCUUGCAAGCCCAGGCCAAAUAACUUGGUGUCUGCUGUGGUUUGAGAUGUUGGAGUGUGAAGUGGCUGUUUGCAGGUGACUUUGAGAACUGUUUGAAUUUAAAUCCACUGAGCAGUGGUGGUGGCAGGCAGGAGGCUCAUACAGGAGCGUUAAAGAGGGAGUAUUAGCUGCAUGUACUCCAAAAAUGCGUAGUUUUGCUUAUUGGAGUUAGUACAAAGAAUGUGGAGUAAAGUGUCUCAAAGUGCCUCAAUCUGAGUGGCAUUUUCCUGUGUUAUUUAAGCUGAGAUUCCCCCCAAAUCUUAACUAUAUUUUGCCUUUGUUUCUUGUUCAUCUCUUGUUCUUGGAAAGACAUCACAGCCAGUGAUGGACUUACCCUCAUGCCAUCCUUCCAAUGAGAGAAACAUCUCAUUGUGAAGCAGAGUCAGACAGGCUGGGAUUGUUACUGGCUUUUGGCUGCUGGUACAGAGGAAUGCUGUCAUGGGUAGCAGGGACAGGACUGGCCACAGCAGGUUUCUGUGCUCUCUUAGGCUCCCAUAGGAAAUCAGGCCUCAUCCAUCCUGUGUAAACCUUACAAGACUCUUUUGUUUUUCACUUUAUAUCAAAGAGCUGCUGUUAAACUGCACAAAAUAGGGGGAAACUGGUGAGGACUCGGCAGUGGGAAUUGCAGCCUCUGGAAGGGGGGGGGGGGGAGUUGCUUUGGUUGUCAUAGGGGUAAAGAA